UGGCAUAUAACAGUGUAUUCUUCAGUACAAUGUUCAGAGCAUCAUUAGGCUGGAAUGAUCAGUGCUGAAAGUGGUGCUCCUGAGAGCCGGUCAUUAUGAAAGCGAGCGGAUGGGCCGCGGCUGCUGUCCUGUACAGUAGAGCAGUGGAAGCGGGAUUGUGGGAUCACAUUCAGCAGCAGCAGCGCACAGAGAGAAAAAACAUGGCGGCUGCCGAAUGUGCAGCAAAGGAUUUGCGGAAGUGAGGUGCCCACAUUCUGCUGCUGAGGAGAGAGCACCAUGAUGAGGAGACAGUAGGCACCCACCAUAGUAUGGCCGCGUCCCGCUCUUCGCGCGUCACAAGAUCAUCAGUGGGGAUAAAUGGAUUGGAUGAGAACUUUUGUGGUCGAACCCUCAGGAACCGCAGCAUCGCCCAGCCAGAAGAGAGCUCUCCACCUCCUGCAUCCAGAGCCCGCUCGCCCAAGAAGAAGCAGGACUGUCAGCAGCACCAGCAGGCCGGAGCACAGGUUGGAAAGGUAGCCGAGAGCAAGGCGGAGGUUGAGCCCUUGCCCGCCUAUGGAAAACGGGGCUUACCCAGCUCCGAGCAAGACGAGUCAGAGAAAUCGGACAACUGCGAGCGACCAAGGGUUGGGGGUGGGCCAGAAGCCUCCCCUGCCCUGAAGAGGGCCAAACGCUGCCCUCGCUCAGGUGAAUCGCAGGGGGUAGAGGAAGAACCUCCUCUCAAACCAGACAGCCCUGAUCCUGCUGCACCGAAAGAAAAUGAUGAGGACCUCAAAUCAAACCCGUCCUCGAUCCCUCCGCUCAGCAUCGACAAAGAGGCGGAGCAGAAAGAGGACAGCCCGGCAGAGAAGAACGUUCCUCCCCUGCAGGCCAGAGAGAAUGUCAAGGCCACCAAUGGCCUUGCAGAUCUCGAUAAGGAGGAUUCUGAAGUUGCAGCCUUACCUGCAGAGCCCUGUGCCUCCCCUGCCAUGCUUAACAACAGUUCCUCACUGUUAAAUGGCAGUCAGGCUGUGCCCUCAUCCCCAGACCCUAUUGUGCCUUGUAGAUCCCCUCAUCCCAAGCAAGCCAAUGAGUCCGACAGCACUCAGAUUGACUGUGAGAGAAACUGCACGGCGGAGGAAGCCGCAGAGGCUGUGCUGUCCCGGGAACCGGAGAUGGAGGUGGAGGUGGAGGUGGAUGUCGUGGGGGAACCCAGCCAGGCCCAGGAUGAGCUGGCCAGGGACGAGAGCACCAAUGGCAGCUUUGCAACUGAGCUGCAGGACCCUUCUGAUGACUGCUCGAAUAUCUCAGGAGAAAUAGUGGCGCUGGCUUCCUCCCAGUUGCCCGCGGAGCCCCCGUCCUUCACGGAGCCUCAAGAACACAGAUACACCCUGAGGACUUCACCGCGCCGCGCUGCCUGUGGUAGUGGGCCCAAAGCCAGCUCCCCCAAACCCAGUUCCCCACACCUAGACAAUAGUUCAUUGAAGGAGGAGGCCACACUUGUUCCUUUCUCUUCAGAGGACGCCAGCCAUAAAGACCCUACCCAUGAAUCACUGGGGCUUUCUAGUGAGGUAGACAGUGAAUUCUCAGAGAAAGCAGGGGUCAGUGAAGAGGUAGAGGUUUCACAUAGUAGAUCAUCCAGGUCCACCAAAGAGCUUUUGGCCACUCAGGCUGAGGAGGAUGAGGAGGAAGAGGAGGAUCCAGAUGUCUACUAUUUUGAGUCUGAUCACUUGGCUCUUAAACACAACAAAGAUUAUCAGAGGUUGCUCCAGACCAUCAGUGUACUGGAGGCCCAGCGAACCCAAGCCAUCAUGGACCUGGAGACGUUGGCACGGCGUCAGAAAGAGGCCCUGACCGACCCCAUCACCUUUGUGGACCAGCUACAGAAACAGGUGGAGAUGGGAUUGCCCUGCCCCCAGAGAGUGGUCAAGCUCCCGGACAUUGCAUGGGACCAAUACACCUCAGGUCGUGGCGACUUUGAAAGAGAGCUCUGCGACAAGAAGCGUAAAACACGGCGGUUGAAGUUAAUCUUUGACAAAGUGGGGUUGCCUGCUCGACCAAAAAGUCCUGUGGACUCCAAGAAGGAAGGUGACUCUUCAUCCGUGUACUCCUCUACCCUACCGUCAAGUGACAGUCCUGAACAAAGCAUGACCAGUAGCACAACUCAGAUGAUCAGAGGGCGACUGUGCAACCAGAGCAAACCUGACACCUUCAAUCAGCUGUGGACCGUUGAGGAGCAGAAAAAGCUGGAGCAACUGCUUUUGAAGUUCCCACCGGAGGAGGUUGAGACUAAACGCUGGCAGAAGAUUGCAGAUGAACUUGGCAACAGGACAGCCAAACAGGUUGCUAGCAGGGUACAGAAAUACUUCAUCAAACUGACAAAAGCUGGUAUUCCAGUACCAGGCAGAACGCCCAACGUGUGCAUGUACAGCAAAAAGGCCUCCAGUAAGCGGCAGCACCACCUCAAUAAACACUUGUACAGGCCAUCAACGUUCCUCACCUCAUAUGAGCCACAUGUGUACAUGGAUGAUGAGGACGAACGUUCUCACUUCUUCAACAGCCUACAAGAUUACGGUGCAGAUGAUUCGGAUGAAGACGGUGUACCAGAGGAGCUGAGACAUCUGCCAGAGUACAAGGAGCUACUGGAGCUGAAGAAACUUAAGAAACAGAAACUACAGGAGAUCCAGGCUGAGAGCGCUCUCACACAACAUGUCGGCUAUAAGUGUGACAUGUGUGGCAUGGAGCCCAUACAGGGUAUUCGGUGGCACUGCCAGGACUGCCCGCAGGACAACGCCGUGGACUUCUGCAGUACCUGUUCCGACUGAUCAUUGUCAUGCUGAAAGGUGAACCACCUGCCCAUCAUCAGUUGUCAAGCAGAGGGCCACAGAUUUUCCUCAAGAAUUUGGGUGUACAUAGAAUCAUCCAUUUUCCCUUCAAUCCUGACCAAUUGCCCAGUCCCCACCGAAGAGAAACACCCCCACAGCAUAAUGUUGCCACCACCAUGCUUCACAGUAGGUAUGGUAUGUUCUGGGGGCUGUGCUGUGUUUGGGUUUCUCCAAAUAUAGCGCUUGGAGUGCAGUCCAAAAAGUUCAGUUUUUGUCUCAUCUGACCAUAAAACCUUUUUUCCACAUGCAUGAGAAUACUCCAAUUGUUUUUUGGUUUUUUUUGCAAAGUGCAAACGAGACAUAGUGUGGUACUUUUUCAGAAGAGGCUUCUUUCUUGCCACCCUGCCAUACAGGCCAGCUUUGUGUAAUGCUUUGGAGAUUGUCACAUGCACAGACUGAUCAAUCUCAGCCAUAAGGGCUUGUAAAUCCUUCAAAGUUGCCUUUGGUCUCUUGAUAGCUUCCCUGAUCAAUAUCCUGGCUCAAUCAUACAGUUUUGAGGGAUGGCCCGAUCUAGGCAAGUUUGUGGUGGUGCCAUGCACUUUCCACUUCUGAAUAAUGAUCUGAAUGGUACGCAGAGGGAUAGUUAAAGCCUUUGAAAUCUUUUGAACCCUUCUUCUAACCUGUGCCUUUCCACAAUUUUAUUCCAGAGACCUUUUGGAAACACAUUUCCAACCAUGGUGAAUUGUUGAUUUCAUUACCAUGCAUUACUAGUAAUGGAAUCCUCAUGGAACAGCCGGUAUUAUUCUGAAGUAAUCAAAACCACUACAAUUGAUUAGGGUGGGGCCAUUUAUCCAGGUAUGUGAUCUGAAAGGUGAUUGGUUGCACCUGAGCAAGUUUGUUAACUCUUAGGGUGCUGAUCACUUAUUUAAACCAGAUAUUUUACAAAUUAAUUUUUACUAAUUGUUCAGAAUUGUUUUACGUUGUUUUUACUUUGUUGAAUGUUAUACUGUGUAGAUACAGCCGGAAAAAGUUAGAUUGAAUUUAUUUAAAUUUGCAGGGUGUAAUGUAACAAAUAAGGAUUUUGACAAGGUAUGAUGACUUUCUAUAGUCACUUGUAGUAACCCAUUGUGUGUACAUUUCAAGUACCUACUUGUAGUUAUCUGUAAUUACACUGUUGACUCUAAUCCCAAACCUAAACUAUCUCUAAACUACCUCUUUUGUAGAAGUACAUUGUAUCAAAUGCUUUAAUGUAAUGCCACGUUCCAGACGAGGUCAGAAGUGGGAUACCAGAGUUGAAAUUUCCAACUUUCAACCUCUAUGCGUUCCAGUCAGUCACACUUCACAGUCACAUGUACUCAUAACAAGAUGGCACCAUGACUCAAGAAUAUUUUGUGUUCAAUUUUGGCUAAAACAUAAAAGUCAUGAACACAAAAUGCUUAAGUUUGUUUUUAUGUUUCACAAAACCCAGCUCCAGGUUAUGCUCGUUGGUCACCACUAUCUUGGAAAUUAUGUCAAAUGACACUCCUCGCUGGGGUCGGGGUUAAACGAUCUAUCCCGACUUCACAAUUUGGAUGUCUGGCUUUGAGCGGCAUUCCAGUCAUUAUUUUGAUGUUGGAUGUGGAAAAAUUCCAAGUUCCGACUUGUCUGGAACGCACCACUGGUACAUAGUAGUAAAAAGGAUAGAUCACCAAAAAAAAAUUUUUGACUCACCUUUAUGUUGCUCUAAACCCAUAUGCCUGAAAAGAAAAUUUUAGGCAGUAUGUUAGUCUCAGUUACUAUUCCCUUUCAUUGCAUCAUUUUUUCCCCAUACAAUGAAAGUGAAUGGUGACUGAGGCUGUCAUUCUGCCUAAAAUAUAUUUUUGUGUUCCACAGAUUGUCAUACGAGUUUGAAACAACAUGAGGUUAAGUACAUGAUGACAGUUUCCAUUGUUGGGUGAACUAGGACUUUAACCUCGUGCGACCCCGUGUCUACAUGCGUGGAUGUUGUAUUUUGGCUUCGCUGUACGCAACGCAUAAUUUAAAUGAAUAAAAACAGACUGAAUACUGUUCACAAGACUCUAGACUGUCAUUUAAUGGGUUAACUUCUGCAACACCGAAUCACGUGACACAACAGCAUGCCGUUGAUUUCCUUGAAGCGCUCCUACGGACGCAUCGGCAACAAAAGUGCCUCUGGUAAGAAAUCUCAACGUUUUUUUCAUUUAAACCUGUUUGGUUGUAAAGAAUAGAGUCCCUAGUUUCAUUUGCUUUAAAAAAUCAGUUAAUUUUUCAUGUGUCAGCACACUGAUAAACAUGAUGUCCACAUAUGUGGAUUUUGGGACAUUAUUCCCUCAAAAGUAGAAAAAACAUGUUAGUUAUUUUGAAUAACUUUCAACAUUAACACAUCUGUGCAUCAUUUCGUUUCAUUUUAAUAUAUAUUUUGUUAUAUUUUAUUUUGUUAUCACUGUGCAAUAUGAUUCUAUCCAUUAACAUCAGUAAAUGCAUUUCUGUAUAUUUACUGUGCAGUUUCACAUUGAGAAUAAAUGGGUUCAUACAAAAGCAGAAAAAUGUUGCUGUCAGAGGUUUUAUGUGGAGUUAGGAUGAAAGUAAGGUGCAUUUCGAACUGUUCUGAGACCAGUGCAGACAGACAGUACACUGGAGGUUAAGUCAUUCACUAAAUAUGGAGCAAUGGAUCAUCCUAUAGCUUUAUAUGCAGCAAAGUGCAUUCAGUCCUAAAAUUCAAUCAAAAGUUCAGUUUCAGGCUGCAGAUGAUGUUUGAACCACUCAACAUGUUUGGCAGAUAUGGGACAAUGAUAAUCAGUACAUUCAGAAUUUUAUAAUGCAACAUUUUAUUUUAACAUGGUUGGCAGUUAUUGGAUGAUGCUGGACAUCAUUUUGAAUAAGAAUUAUUUAUUCAGCUCUACAGAAAUGUAGAUGUUAUGUUGGUUACUUCUCAAAAACAUGAAUAACCAACACUCCUGGAAACAUAAUUAACAAUUUGAUGAAAAAAUUCGGACUUUCUAUAGCUUAUUGCUAUUUACAAUCUCACAACGUAGUCCCGCUGUCCACAUAUGUGGACAUACAUUUUUAGGACAACUAUUUGCUCUAGAAUUGGAAAGGGAAACAGAAAAUGCACACAGCAGUCACGCGGAGUCUCAGGAGGUUAAUGAAGACACCUAAUACAAAGUGGGACCCAAUAAUGAUGAGACUAAUUAGGUUUGUUAAUAAUAAUAUCAUACUGCAGCCACCAGAGGGUGGUACACUAUUGAUAAAUGUGUUUUAUCUCUGAUUUAAUGCCACAGUGAAGUGAUUGUUCCUCAUG